AAAAACGUUUUUCCAAAUGGAAGAGUUCACUUUUAUAGUUCUAUUCUGAAAGUAAAAAAAUGUCAAAAGUAACACACGUUGUUGCUGAUACAGGUGCUUUUAUUCGCAAUGCACCACUUCGAGAAAUCGCCGAGUCUGUUUAUACAGUACCAGAGGUUAUUGCUGAAAGUUGUGACAGGGCUACUAGACGAAGACUGAAGUUACUUCCUAUUGACAUCAAGUUUAAAGAGCCAUCGGGGGAAGCCAUACAUUUUGUUACAACAUUUGCUAAAAAGACUGGGGAUUACCAAGCCCUCUCUGCUGUAGAUUUGAAAGUUUUAGCUCUAGCAUAUGAUCUAGAGAAACAGUUCAGGGGCACAGACCACAUUCGCAAGGAACCACCUACAAAAGCUGAAUUUGUUAUUGGUCAGAAGACUGAUAUAUCUGGUAUUAACUUGGCUGCUAAGCAAUACAAGGAAGGAGAGGCCUUGCCCAGCAAUCUGAUUGGUGAGAAAAAGGAGGAUGAAAGUGAUGAUGAAGAGGAAGAUUACACUGUGGAGGAUGAAGGGGAAGAAGAAAUUGAUAUCAUAGACAAAACUGACAAGGAUGGAAAAAUAGAUGAUAAAAACAGUUUUGAAACUUACAGAGAAAACAAAGAGGAAGACCAAGAGGAAGAAUCAGAAGAAGAUGAUGAUGAUGAAGGCUGGAUAACCCCCGCUAAUAUAGUUGAGGUUAAAAGGUCAAUGGGUGUGGAAACAGCUUUAGAAACAGAUGUGGUGCCAGUUGGUUGUUUAACUACUGAUUUUGCAAUGCAGAAUGUGCUGAUCCAGAUGGGGUUAAAUGUGUUGUCUGUAGAUGGCAUGCUAAUUACCAGAGCCAAGAGCUAUGUCCUCAGGUGCUUUGGGUGCAUGAGGAUUACCAAAGACACGUCAAAAUUGUUUUGUCCACACUGUGGUAACAAGACACUGAAGCGUCUCUCUACAACAAUAGAGAAGGAUGGCUCUGUAAAAUACUGGCUGGCCAAGAACUACAAAAUACGAACAAAAGGCAUGAAGUACUCCCUCCCAAAACCUCAAGGUGGGAAACAUGCAAUGAAUCCAAUACUAUGUGAAGACCAGCCUGUUCCUGAUCAGAGACCAUCCAAAAAGUCACUUCAAAAAAUAGACAUCCUGUCCAGUGAUAUAAUUGCAGACAUGAGCCCUUUCAGCAUGAAUGAUGUUACCAGUCGUGCAGCUCAGCUUGGUAUUAGUGGACGCCAGUGGUCAAAACGGAACCAAAAUGAUGGUUUUAAAAGAGGGAAGCGCAGGGGGAAAUAAAUAAUUUACAUUUUA